AGCCUGUAGAUGAUUGACAGGCAGAGGGAUUGACCUCACCAUCAUACGAUGUGAAGUAACCGGAGAUAAAACAGCGACUUGCAUCGAGCCAGAGCCAUAAAACACAUAUGAUCCACGGAAAAGAGAUAGGAGAAGCAGUCGGGUGUUUCUUCACUCGAUGAUCCGAUUAUCUCUGCUUAACUAAUGCUUUCGUGACAAAAAUAUUAAAGAGCUGUAUUGUUUUGUCUGAUGUAAAUAAAUGCUCAGUUAUAAGUUCUCCAAAGGCUCCAGAAGUGUGUUUGCGAGAAUGUUCGAGACUAAAGGAAUCUUCAGUGUUUGUGUGGACGUCAGCUGCGUGGUGCUCGCUGGACUUCCUUUUGCGAUAUUGAAUAUUCAGCACAUGCCAUUCCAAAGAGGCUUUUUUUGCAGCGAUGACUCCAUCAGGUACCCUUUUAAAGAAGACACCAUAUCCUACCAGUUACUGAUGGGGAUAAUGAUUCCAUUCGCGCUGUUAUUAAUAAUCUUCAGUGAGUGUUUUUCCUUGUAUCUGCGCUCCAGAGCUUCUUUCAGUUAUGAGUAUAUAGUGUGUGUGUACAAGGCCGUAGGAUCAUUCGUGUUUGGAGCGGCGUUGAGUCAGUCUCUGACUGAUAUCGCCAAGUACACCAUCGGCCGUCUGCGACCGCACUUUCUGACCGUGUGUAAACCAGACUGGAGCCUCAUCGACUGUAAAUCGGGUUAUAUUGAGAACUUCACAUGCACAGGAGAUCCAGUCAUCGUCAAUGAAGGCCGGCUUUCCUUUUAUUCUGGUCACUCAUCAUUCUCCAUGUACUGUAUGCUGUUUCUUGCUCUGUAUCUUCAGUCUAGACUGAGAGCAGGUUGGGCUCGACUGGUUCGUCCGACUCUGCAGUUCUCUUUCAUCGCCGUGUGUCUUUACGUGGGUCUGUCGCGCGUCUCUGAUUAUAAACACCACUGGAGUGACGUUCUCACUGGAUUCGUUCAGGGAGCCGCAGUGGCACUGUUUACUGUGUUCUUCGUAUCGGAUCUGUUCAGCGGCAGACGCACGUCAGAUAAAGACGAGGAGAUCUCACACACGAGUCUUCAGGAGACAUCAGAUCCGCUGAACCACUACGGCAGCACAGAGUAACAUGCAAUCCUUUCCACAACCCAUUCGCUUCAUUUUUAUAGUUUUACUGGGGAAAAAGGUAAUUUUUCAUAAUGCACCGCAUUAGAGAAGAAUAUCAUGAUAAAUACAGCGGCAGUGCAACAAUGUGUCGCAUGUGUCCCUGCAGCACAAAAACAGUCACAUUUGUAGAAAUAGACAACAAUACAUUAUAUGGAUCAAAAUUAUACAUUUCUCUUUUAUGCCAAAAAUCAUUAGGAUAUUAAGAUCAUGUUCCAUGAAGUAAAUUUGCUAUCAUAAAUACAUGAAAACUAGUCAUAUGCAUUGCUAAGAACUUAAUUUGGACAACUUUAAAAAUAAUUUUCUCAAUAUUUAGAUUUUUCUGCUCUGCUCCCUCAGAUUCCAGAUUUUCAAAUAUUUGUCUUCCUAACAAGACCUUUUUUCUUCCAGACCUCAUGGGGUUAUUUAUUCUAACUAAAGGUUCCUGCUCAGAGUGUAUGCAGUGUCAGUGAAUCAUGAAUGUCAUUGGGAAUAGUGCAGUAUAAGAACGUAAAAGAAAAACAUUCCCAUCAUGCAACUAAAUGUUAAACCUUUGCUGCAAUACACUCUUGAGCAGUGAGCGUUUCAGUUCCUACUGUUCUUUCAGGAAUCCAGAUUGCUGUUUUCCCACUUGAUUUUGAAUCAGGAUGGUUCACAUUUAAAACAGAUAAAAAUAAAGCUUCUUCACUGGAAACGAUGGUUUAAUGGUAAACCUUUAACAUGUAUGGGACCUUUUCCAUUGCAUUGGAUCCAUUGUAGUGGAAAAAGAUUUUUUGAUUAUUCAAGUGUUCUUUACAUUAAGAAAAGAUGGUUCACUGAAAGGUUCUGUGGGGACCCAAAAAUUUAUUUUCUAUGGCAUUGCUGUUAUCCAGGUAAAAAACAAAAAAAACGGAUUGUACACUUGACUCUAAGACACUAUUUAAUGAUUUUUCAGUUGUUUAAAGUUUUUUUUUCUUUUCUUUUUUUGUCAAAUUGUAAAAAAGACAAAUUUUUUAUUAUUUUUUGUAUAUAUAUUUUUUCAUUUUAUUCAUUUGUUUUAUAUAUAUAUAUAUAUAUAUAUAUAUAUAUAUAUAUAUAUAUAUAUAUAUAUAUAUAUAUAUAUAUAUAUAUAUAUAUACACACACACACACACACGUGGUUGUUUUAUGAUGUUUGAUGCUAAAUGAAUUAAAUGAAUUUUGUGGGUUUUGUUUUUAAUUUUUAUUGUUAUUUUUAAUGCAAAUGGUUAGACCACAAGCUGUAAAUAACCAAGUACUUGAAUAACAAUUUUUUCAAUUAAUACCUUUAUAUUUAACUUUGCAUGCAUCAUGUACAAAAAUAUUUUCUUUAACCUGCUUUAUUUUUAAUUAAUUGGCAACUGUGCUAGUAAACUAAUGAAACAUGGUACUGUAAAAUAUUUGUUGUUGUUGUUUUGCAAUUAAAGCUCUGGCAGACCAA